AUGAGCCAGAGCUCACCAGAUGAUACUCUUGGUGUUGAAAAUCAAAUACCGUAUUCUAUUGAAAGAGAAAAUGAAUUAAGUUCAUCGUUUAAUGAAAAGGUUCUUAGCGAAUCUUCAGAAAACGAAAUAAGUACAGAUAUGUUGGUAUCUACUUCAUCUGGAUUCAAAGACUCUAAGAUUAUAACAGCACCCAGUCUUUGUAGAAUUUGUCUACAGUCUGAUUUGGAUGAAUCAAAUAAAUGCAUCUCUCCUUGCUUUUGUCGUGGGAGUAUAUCUAAGGUGCACAAAACAUGUUUAGAAAAAUGGCUACUUCAAGCCAGCUCUACUAUUUGUGAAAUUUGUACAUUUGUAUAUAAAACGAAACGGGUCACAAAAUAUUCAUUACUAGGAUCAAUUAAAGCGUGGUUUUUCAGUAGUGAAAACAAAGAAGAAAUCAAAGAGUUGUUCUAUGAUGGAUGUGUGUUGGUUAUUACAUUACCAUUUAUAUCUUUAUUUUCAUACAUUGGAUUUUCCAUAACCGAGCAUAUUUUUAACACAAAAAUUCAGAUCAAAUAUGACAUGGCUUAUCGAUUUGUAUCAUUUAGCGCUUGUUGGUCAAUACUGUGUGCAGAUUUUUUCUUUUGUUUUUGGACUUCUUGCCGAAUACAACACCAUAUCUUAAACUGGUAUAAUUUCUAUAAAAAUAAUCAAUCGAUAGUUUUAGAAUCAGAACUUCCAGAAAACUCUAUGUAA